CGCGCAAAAGCGCAGGGCCGAAGAAGCGGGAAGUACACCGCUCCCCCUCUCUCUGUCGGUCUCCUCUCGCCUCCGCUCCGCUCUGCACCGGCCGCCUGCGCCUCCUCCUCCUCUUUAAAAGCGCGGCAGAGCUCCCCUCCCGCUCCCAUCCCCUUCCCGUGGCGUGCCUUCUAGGGUUUCCUUCCUCCUCCGCCUCCCCGCGCCGCUCCCUCCCGCCCGCCAGAUUUGGAUCUGCGCUCCAGCCCCAGGUUGUUCCGAUGGCUCCCGCUGUAGAAGCUGUGAAGAAGGAGGCAGGCUCAUUCCAAAAGGUUCCUGCUCUGAAUGAAAGAAUACUGUCAUCCAUGUCCAGGAGAUCUGUUGCUGCGCAUCCUUGGCAUGAUCUGGAGAUUGGCCCUGGUGCACCAACCAUAUUCAACUGUGUCAUUGAGAUACCCAGGGGCAGCAAGGUGAAGUACGAACUUGACAAGAAAACUGGACUGAUAAAGGUAAUGCAAUGCGGCUUGUUGCACAUAUUGUUGCGAACAUCUAUCUUCUCAGUUCUAAUAUGUCCUGUUUUGCAUUUGAAUGUGCAGGUGGAUCGUGUGCUGUAUUCAUCAGUUGUGUAUCCUCACAACUAUGGAUUCAUUCCUCGCACACUUUGUGAAGACAGUGACCCUCUGGAUGUGCUGGUUAUAAUGCAGGAGCCAGUUAUUCCAGGCUGUUUCCUACGUGCAAAGGCCAUCGGCGUUAUGCCUAUGAUUGAUCAGGGAGAGGCAGAUGACAAGAUCAUUGCUGUGUGCGCCGAUGAUCCUGAAUACAAGCACUACAAUGAUAUCAAGGAGCUUCCACCUCACCGCUUGGCUGAAAUCAGGCGCUUCUUUGAGGACUACAAGAAGAAUGAGAACAAGGAGGUUGCCGUCAAUGACUUUCUGCCUGCUAGCGCUGCUUAUGAAGCCAUACAACACUCCAUGGAUCUGUAUGCUACCUACAUCGUUGAGGGCCUGAGGAGGUAGGCUGCUGCUGCUGCGUGGUGCACCGACUCCUUGCUUGAGGUUGUCUUUCACCGGUCGGAUUUGGAGGAUGUUGACGAAAAACUGAGAUAUACCCCUACCUAAUGAAACACAAGUAUUGUUAUUUUGUUGGUGACUUGUAUACCGCUAGUAAUGAACCCUGAAUCAAAUCCCCUGGGGAAUCAGUAGUAGUUGAAGCUAGUACCACAAAAGAGUGGGCAAAAUAUUCUUUCCUGGCCUCAGUGCCUAUAUAUGUUGUACUUCAUUGGUAUCGUAAUAUUCAUUCCUUUUGUGGUAUAAUCCAGCGGCUGAGAUUGAAUU